AUGUCCGGACCCCAGACCCCAGAACCGACCCUCAGUGUACAGGGGGACUCCCCCAUGGGCACAAGGGAUGAGGACGCUGCUGAUGGCAUCCAGCACUCACAUCGCAUGCUCAGCUUCAGUGACGCACUCCUGUCCAUCAUCGCCACCGUGAUGAUCCUGCCUGUGACCCACACGGAGAUCUCCCCGGAACAGUUUGACAAAAGUAUACAGAAGCUUCUAGCGACCAGGAUUGCGGUCUAUCUGAUGACGUUUCUCAUCGUGACUGUGGCCUGGGCAGCACACACGAGACUGUUCCAGGUUGUUGGGAAGAUAGAUGACACGCUUGCCUUGCUCAACCUGGCCUGCAUGAUGACCAUCACCUUCCUGCCGUUCACCUUUUCCUUAAUGGUGACGUUCCCCGACGUGCCUCUGGGCAUCUUCCUGUUCUGCAUGUGUGUGAUCGCCAUCGGGGCCGUGCAGGCGCUGAUCGUGGUGUACGCCUUCCACUUUCCCUACCUCCUGAACCCCCAGAUCGAGCGCGCGCCCCACAGGGCCCUCUACCGGCAGCACAUCCUGCGCAUCGUCCUCAGGGGCCCGGCGCUGUGCUUCGUGGCCGCCGGCUUCUCCUUGUUCUUCUACCCCUUGUCAUACCUGCUGAUGGCGAUGGUCAUCUUCCUCCCCUACGUCAGCAAGGCGUCCAGCUGGUGCAAGGGCAGGCUCGUGGGCCCCCAAGAGCCCCCAGCUCACAGCGUGGAGUUCUUCACUUUCGACCUGCACGAACCUCUCAGCAAGGAGCGGGUGGAGGCCUUCAGCGACGGGGUCUACGCCAUUGUGGCCACGCUCCUCAUCCUGGACAUCUGUGAGGACAACGUCCCCGACUCCAAGGACGUGCGGGACAAGUUCCACGGCAGCCUGGUGGCCGCGCUCAGCGCAUACGGGCCGCACUUCCUGGCGUACUUCGGCUCCUUCGCCACGGUGGGCCUGCUUUGGUUCGCGCACCACUCGCUCUUCCUGCACAUCCGCAAAGCCACGCAGUCCAUGGGGCUGCUCAACACGCUGUCGCUGGCCUUCGUGGGCGGCCUCCCCCUGGCCUACCAGCAGACCUCGGCCUUCGCCCGCCAGCCGCGCGACGAGCUCGAGAGCGUGCGCGUCAGCUGCGCCAUCAUCUUCUUUGCCAGCAUCUUCCAGUUUGCCAUCUGGACGACGGCCCUGCUGCAGGAGCGGGAGACGCUGCAGCCCUCCGCUCGGUUCGGGGGCCGCGAGCACGCGUUCAUGUUCGCCAAGCUCGCGCUGUACCCGUGCGCCAGCCUGCUGGCCUUCGCGUCCACCUGCUUCCUGAGCAGGGUCAGCACGGCCAUCUUCCACCUCACGCAGAUCGCGGUGCCCCUCACCUUCCUGCUGCUGCGGCUGCUCGUCCGCCUGGCCUCGGCGCUCCUGCGGGCCCUGCGGGGCCUGGCCCGGCCAGCCCCCGGGGCCGAGGAGGACGUGCGGGCCCCUCUCCUCCCUUCCACCUGCUAGCUCGCCCCCUGCCCCGCCCCGCUGUUCGCCCGUUGGGAGUUGGGGUCUCCCCCAGUCCUGCCCCAGGGCUCCCGGGAGGGGCUUUGCUUCUGCCGAGCCGGCAUGCACCUCUGCAGCCCAGGCCCCGUGGCCACGUGCGUUCAGCCAGGCCACGUGGGUGCCGGCCCUCGGCGGGGGUGUCCCCAGGCCCCAGCGUGGCCACCCUGCUGCGUGCAGAGCUCCUGGGCAGCUGCCAGGCACCCCCCCCCCAGUCCCCGGGCACAGAGGACACAGCAGCAGGACAGCAGUGCCCAGACUGUAUUUGUCCUGGAUAUAAAUUAGGGUUACAUUCAGGUAGUGACAAGGUACACACGAGGGCCUGGCUGCCAGGCGCACACUGCCCCGUCGGGGCGCACAGACUCACUUAAAUACAGAAGGACACACGACGACAGACCAGAACCCACACCGAGGCCUGCAAAGCAAAAGUAAUGGCACCAUGGGGACGUCAGAGCAAACACACGUCUGUGUGCUGGAGGCACGAGAUAUGAAUGUUCCGCCACAAGUGGCUGCGACAGUGCAUUUGUGCGGUUUUGGCAGAAGCUCGGGGGACACGGGGCAGGCCCAGCCCAGCCAGCCGGCACCAGCAGCGACGCCAGGACAAGCGGGAGGUGCGCGGUGGGUGGGCCUCUCGGGGCACAGGAGACUCCCCAAGCUGAGGGGCUGGGGCCGCCCCUGCGGGCGCAGUGUAGACGCAGGCGCAGUGUAGACGAGCAGGCGAUUAAAGCUCCUCCCACCUCA